GAUGAUUUCAUGAAUAAUCGUUAUGAUUGUAUUUAUCUGUUUUCCAAGCUCGGGCCACACUGUAGUCGAUAUAUAACUUUUAAAAACUCCAGGAAGCAGCAGCACCGCCAACAUGUUCCGAAUUAUGCGUGUGCCAUCGAUUUUGGCAAAAAAUGCAGUCUCCUCAAUGCACCGUGUGGCACCAAUUGCGGCAACGCAGCGCAGCUUUCACAUAACCGGACAAAAGCAAGCGACAUCCGCCAAUCCGGAUGCCAUCUCCAAGCAAUAUCCGGUUAUUGAUCACGCCUACGAUGCCAUUGUUGUGGGCGCUGGUGGCGCUGGUUUGCGUGCUGCUUUUGGCUUGGUCGCCGAGGGAUUCCGCACAGCGGUUAUUACCAAACUGUUUCCCACACGCUCGCAUACAAUUGCCGCCCAGGGUGGCAUCAACGCCGCACUGGGCAACAUGGAGCAGGAUGACUGGAAGUGGCAUAUGUAUGACACAGUGAAGGGCAGCGAUUGGCUGGGAGAUCAGGAUGCCAUACACUACAUGACACGCGAGGCACCCAAGGCUGUCAUCGAGCUGGAGAACUACGGCAUGCCCUUCUCCCGCACCCAGGACGGCAAGAUCUAUCAGCGUGCCUUCGGUGGCCAGAGCUUGAAGUUCGGCAAAGGCGGCCAGGCGCACAGAUGUUGUGCUGUCGCUGAUCGUACUGGACACUCGCUGUUGCACACCCUGUAUGGUCAAUCGUUGAGCUACGACUGCAACUACUUUGUGGAGUACUUUGCUCUGGAUCUGAUCUUUGAGGAGGGCGAGUGCCGCGGUGUGCUGGCCAUUAAUCUGGAGGAUGGCAGCCUGCAUCGUUUCCGUGCACAAAACACAGUCAUUGCCACCGGUGGCUAUGGACGCGCGUUCUUCUCUUGCACAUCUGCGCAUACGUGCACCGGCGAUGGCACCGCUCUGGUGGCACGCCAGGGUCUGCCAUCGCAGGAUCUGGAGUUUGUGCAGUUCCAUCCCACGGGCAUCUAUGGCGCCGGCUGUCUGAUCACUGAGGGCUGCCGCGGUGAGGGCGGCUACCUUAUCAAUUCGAAGGGUGAACGCUUCAUGGAACGUUAUGCGCCUGUUGCCAAGGAUCUGGCUUCGCGUGAUGUUGUCUCACGCUCCAUAACCAUUGAGAUUAUGGAGGGUCGUGGUGUUGGACCCGAAAAGGAUCAUGUCUACCUGCAACUGCAUCAUUUGCCACCCAAGCAGCUGGCCGAACGUCUGCCUGGUAUCUCUGAGACUGCCAUGAUCUUUGCUGGCGUCGAUGUGACUCGUGAGCCAAUUCCCGUGCUGCCCACCGUGCACUACAACAUGGGCGGCGUGCCCACCAACUAUCGCGGCCAAGUGCUGACCAUUGACAAGAACGGCAACGACAAGAUCGUGCCCGGUCUCUAUGCCGCCGGCGAGGCAGCCUGCAGCUCAGUGCAUGGCGCCAAUCGUCUGGGUGCCAAUUCGCUCUUGGAUCUUGUCGUCUUUGGACGUGCUUGUGCCAAGACCAUCGCUGAGGAGGCCUCUCCUGGAGCCCCAGCGCCCACGCUUAAGGAUAAUGCUGGCGAGGCUUCAGUUGCCAAUUUGGAUAAGCUGCGUCAUGCUAAUGGUCAAAUCACUACUGCCGAUCUGCGCCUGAAGAUGCAGAAGACCAUGCAGAACCAUGCUGCUGUGUUCCGCGAUGGUCCCAUCCUGGAGAAGGGUGUUCGCGAAAUGAAGGAGAUCUACAACCAGUUCAAGGACAUCAAGGUGGUCGACAAAUCCCUGGUGUGGAACUCGGAUCUGAUUGAGACGCUGGAGCUGCAGAAUCUGCUGGCGAAUGCCCAGAUGACCAUUGUUGGUGCCGAGGCGCGAAAGGAAUCCCGCGGCGCACAUGCCCGCGAGGACUUCAAAGUGCGCAUCGAUGAAUACGAUUACAGCAAACCUCUGGACAGCCAAACCGAGAAGCCCCUCGAGGAGCACUGGCGCAAGCACACGCUCGCUUGGGUGGACAGCGACUCUGGCAAGGUGGACCUGAAGUAUCGUGGUGUUAUUGACAAGACGCUGGACGAUGAGGUGCAGACUGUGCCCCCCGCAAUUCGCUCCUACUAGAAGAAUCCUACUAGACACCCACGCCCACACACACAGUCACACAUACACAAACACACACACACACGCAUAAAUACAUAAGCAUGUCUACUUAAGGGGUAGCAGUCAAAAUUGAUGAUUGAUUGGUGUCGCUUAUCGAGGGCUCGAUAAAUUACUUUGCUGCUGCCUUCUACAUCAGUCAAAAUUGUACAAAAUUGUAUUGUAUUGACCCGUUUACAUUGGUGUGUAGAGUAUAUACAAUGAUUCUUCUUUUAUGAUUUUGUCCUAUGACCAGUGCCCUCCACGAUUACGAUUACACAGAUACUACAUUUUAUUUGUUCCUUGACUAUUCAGAUUCAUACACUAUUAAACCAAAUUUAUGCGACCUAUGUGCGAGUCAUACAUAAGUGAAAAGUAGACGGCGACGACGUCUUUAUUGUGAAAAAUACGUCAGGAAAAACAAUUUUCUAGUAUUUGUUAAAUUUAUUAAAUUAUUGAAAGAAAAUAAUAUAAAAUUAAAGAAAAAC